CGUGAGUGUGUGAGUGUGAGUGUGUGAGUGUGUGUGUCUGCGUGUGUGUGUGAGUGUGUGAGAGUGUGUGAGGGGAUGUUGAGCAGCAGCUGAACGCAGCAUCAGAAGGAAUCGCCUCUUCAGCUGGACUGUCUGCUCUCUGAGCUCGGCACAAUGCGAAGUUUGUUCUCAGUGACGCUGCUGCUGUUCCUGGUCCUGACGCUCAGCGCCGAGGCCAACAGAAGAGCCAAAGCUCACAAAGGCGGUAAACAUGAUAUAUCCAGACCAGCUUCAGAGUGCUCCACCGCAGAGACUCAGUACGGCAAAUGUGUUCCUGAACAUGGAGACUGUGGAGACGGUCUGAGAGAGGCAACCUGCAAAGACCGCACUGACAAGAUCCACUGCAAGAUCCCCUGCAACUGGAAGAAGGACAUCAGUGACUGUAAGUAUAAGUUCGGCCCGUGGGGAUCCUGCGACGCUGCCACCAACACCAAGAGCCGAUCAGGAACACUGAAACGAGCCCUGUUCAACGCCGAGUGUCAAAUCACCGUCAAGGUGUCCAAACCUUGUUCCCCCAAAGUGAAGAAGACUAGAGGGGACAAAAAGUCGAACUGAACGCGAUGACGCGAUGACGUGAAGACGUGAAGACAGGCGGCGGGAUUGGUUCGUCGUCCUCCAGUUGAACAAUCGUCUUCAUCAAACACACAAACAAACCGAGAGACUCCUCCAAACACACCAACCACCUUUGAUUUCACUUUUCUUCUUGUUUGACUGAUUUGAUGUUUCUGUGUUUUAAAUGUGUGGAAAGCUCCUGAUAGAUAAUGAUGAAUAAUUCUGUCCUCGUAGCUCAUAGUUUGUAUUAACAGUGAAGAUAGAUUAAAUUAACCAAGAGAGACGUUGUGAUUGGCUCUCGAUGGUCUGGACGUCACUCUCUUUUAGAAUCUCUUUGAAAUUUGUACAAAUUUAGAAACUCGCAUGAAUCUGUGAUGACGAAAUCUAUAAAAUCUAUUUUUUGAACUGUAGAUUAUCGACGCUGCAAGAUGAGACUGUAUAAAUGAAAAAUGAAACACUG